AUGUCUUUCAGUUUCUCCUUCUCGGGCGACGACAUAGAAGAAGACCAAACCACCACCUCCCAUCCCCCGCCCACCCACGCAGCAGAAACCGGCACCUUACGCCGACCCUCCAGCUCCGCAUUCCCCGUCGCCGGCCAACCCUUACUAAAACCGCAAAAGCAUGACUUAACCCAAAUGCUCAACUUGCUACCGAGUAAAAUCUCCUACAGCACGCUGACUAUCAAGUUAGAUGGGAAUGAAGGGAGGGAGGUCAGGAUUCCGCGGAGAGAGCUGUGGGAUGUGAGGGUGCAGUUGAUGGCGGAGGAUGAUGAGGAGGGAUUGGGGAAUCUGGGGAAGGAUGAUGUGAAGACGGGGGUUUAUGAGGGGGGGUUUAAGAGUUGGGAGAGUAGUGUUGAUGUUGUUAGGGUGGUGGAUGGGAGGAGGGGGUUGGUGGGGGGAGGGAGGAGUGUUUUUGAGCUCGGUUGUGGUACAGCUCUUCCAUCUCUUGCGAUCUUUCAAUGGCUUCUCCAACGUACCGUCACUACCACAGGAGCCGUCAAUCUUGGACUCGCAGACUACAAUCCUACGGUCCUCCAACUCGUCACACUACCCAAUACCCUACUAUCAUGGGCUCAAACCACCAAACCAGAAACUUGGGAAGCAGAAGGCGAACUCGAAAUCGAUCCCGAUCUCAUCUCCCAGUUCCUAACAAGCUUGCAAAUUCACAAUAUCUCACUAUCCUUCUAUUCUGGCGCCUGGAGCCCCGAAUUCGUAGAUCUUAUAUCCAGCGACUCAACAUUAAAAUCGACUCCCCUUACUAUCAUCGGUGCAGAAACCAUCUACUCACCUGCUGCGCUCGCUUCUUUUGGAGAGACAUUAAUGAGUCUACUGAAUUUACCGAGUGCGGAAGGAAGUACGGCGCUGGUCGCGGCGAAGAAAGUGUAUUUUGGAGUUGGAGGGUCGAUGGAGGACUUUUGUGAUUUGGUUCGGGGGAAGGGUGGUUUGGUUGAGCAGAUUAGGGAGGAGAGUGAUGGGGUAAGGAGGGCGGUUGUGGAGGUUAGAUUGACGGGUUGA